CCACCUUUCCCAAAAUUGCUUAGGUAAAGUUUCUUCUAGGUUAUAGCUCAAGACUGCACUCUAGUCGGCUUACUGCUUCGCUGCCAUAGUCUGUAUCAUUUCCAAACCUUCUUGCCAGUUGAUUAUUGACAGUUAUCAUGCUACCACAGAGCUAUAUACUGCUUGAAGUGUGUAGGUGACUAUCCUUGGGUGUUCUGGUGCGGUCUUUGGUCCGAGACCAGCUACUGUUUGCAUUCAUUUUUCUCAGGGUACACAUUAGCUGGGAUUGGAAUGCACCUUCAGGUGCCUAGAAGAUUAAGAUUAUUGAUAGAUGAUUUUUGGGGCAAUGUUGUGGAUGAAGAGCUGAAUUAGUCGAAGAAUGGGUAUAAAUCGUGAUGUUAACAGACACCCGAAAUAAGCAAUGGCACACCUGCUAACACUCAAUGUCAUGGAAUGUGAAGCGGAUGGGAAAAAUACUGUUUCCACAAUACAUCAUAUAGAUAUUAUUUUGCUUCUGUCUUGGCAAUUGGAUCUCAUAGAAGGGAAUGUGGUCAUGUAAAAACAUUGAAGAUUAGAAGGGUAUUCGUUUUUUGCCGUUACUGUUCUUUGUAGUAUAUAUAAGAUGUGCUGAUCUACCUGUUUGGAAGCAGUUGGUGGACACUUUGUAUAAGUAUGUCAUUUAGUCAUCUGUGCAACAAUUAUUUUUUGUUAACUCCGCAUGUAGGGCUGCUGUCAAUCUAGUGUAACUCUGCAAGUCUGCCAAAUCUAAUUUAUGUCCAAUGUGUUAACGCCCUAAUCAUUUAUGGAAUUACUAGCGGAUGCAAUUUUUUGCUGAAGCAUCAUGCCUGUGUCUUAGGAGGAGAAAAACUCGAUCUCCUUCUCCAAGAUGGGAUAGGAGCCACUCUCCAAUUCCUAGAAAGCGUAGAAGCUCUCCAUCACCAAGACGACAAAGAAGACGGAGAAGUCGGAGCAGCACAAGUUCGCUCAUAAAUAACUCUCGUAGCCCAAGUCAUGGAUCAGAGCAAAACAAUUUAAUCGGAAAACAAAGGAAAGAAGAAGAAGAAAAGAAAAGGCGCCAAAAGGAAGCUGAACUCAAGUUAUUGGAAGAGGAGCUUGCUAGGAGAGUUGAAGAAGAUAUAAGGAAAAAUGUCGAGGAACAUCUGAACUCUGAGGAGGUAAAAAAUGAAAUAAAACACCGAGUUGAGGACGGUAUAAAGAAGUUAUUUGACGAGGUUGAUGCUCAGCUACUGAAAGAAAAGGAAUCAGCUCUUAAGGAAGCCAGGCAGAAAGUAGAACAAGAAAGAAGAGAGAGGGAGGAGCUGGAUAGGAUGCUUGAGGAGAACCGACGGAAAGUAGAGGAAUCUCAAAGAAAAGAAGCUCAAGAGCAGCAGCAGAAAGAGUUGGAGCGAUAUUUGGAGCUGGAAAGGAUCCAAAAGCAAAGAGAAGAAGCUUUGCGCAGAAAGAAGAUAGAGGAGGAGGAGGAAAGAGUUAGGCAGAUGAAAUUACUCGGCAGGAAUAGGUACUGAUGUCGUGUUAGUAUUGUAAUCUGUUGCUAUCUUACAACAAUGAGAGCAUACUAUUGUUUUGUGAAAUUUGCGCACAGCUCAGAUAUGAACUGUUCUGAUUUUAGCAUAGCUCAAAAGGCAAGUCGUGGCCUAUCUACAUGAUGUAUUUCACAGAGAAAAUGUACCGUUGUGUUGUUCCUGGAGACUGGAGUUGCGGCUGUGUCAGAGGUAAACUUGGGACCUGAUAUCUCCGAUAAUUCUUUAUUCCUCGUUGCAGUGUGUUGUAUUGACCUUCAAACAUCAUCGCAACAUUUGUCUUUCGAAAAUAUGUAGUGUACCUUGAUCAUAA